UCUCUCUCUCUCUCUCUCUCUCUCUCUCCCAUCCAUUCAACCAUGUGUGUGUGUGAAGGGGGGGGUCUGUCCAACUACUGCGAUCACCUUGCUUUUUGUUUGUCGUUUCUGUAACGUCUUCUGUCUCCUCUAAACUGCACACCCCCGACCAGAGGACAAGCAAGACCCCCGCCAGAGCAAACACAUCCUCCAGACGAAGAGUAAGGGACAGAAACAACCCUACCAAGGACUGCCAUUCACCACACUGCAAGGUCAGCCCUACCAAGGACUGCCAUUCACCACACUGCAAGGUUUCAGACUGUGGACAUACCAACCUAUGGCUCUCCAGGUGCUGGGCAUUAGCCUGUCCAUGAUUGGAUUAGCAGGGACAAUACUGAUCUGUGCCCUGCCCAUGUGGAAGGUAACUGCAUUCAUAGGCCAACACCUGGUGGUCAUGCAGGUCUUCUGGGAGGGCCUGUGGAUGACAUGUGUUUAUGAGCACACGGGACAGAUGCAGUGUAAGAUCUACGACGCCUUGCUGGACCUGUCUCCUGACCUCCAGGCUGCCCGUGGCCUCAUCUGCAUCAGCCUGGUACUGGGUUGCCUGGCCUUCCUCAUCUUCCUCCUGGGUGCCCGUUGUACCAACUGCCUGAGUCAUCCCCGAGUGAAGGCUCGCGUGGUGCUGUCCUCAGGGCUCACCUUCUCCCUUGCUGGCCUCACCACCGUGGUGGCUGUGUCUUGGACGGCAAACUCCAUCAUCAGGGACUUCCACAACCCACGGGUCCCCGAGGUUCUGAAGAAGGAGCUGGGGGCAGCUAUCUAUGUGGGCUGGGUAACCUCUGGCCUUCUGUUCUGUGGAGGGGCGCUGUUAAGUACCAGCUGCCCCCCUGAGAGGGUCAGAUACUCUUCUAGCGGAUAUACACGGGCCAAAACGCCAACUUCCAGUGGCUAUGCCAUCAAGAACUAUGUGUGAAGAGAAUUUGUCUGGAAGUGAACUGGAAAGACAUGUGACUUGCGUGCUUGUUUGGCAUCAUAUGUAAUCUCACACAUAUUCCUUGAUGCAGUUUAUGUUGAAUUAGCAGCGUGGCAAGUUCAGGUCAUCAAUAACACAAAGGUAUUAAAGGUUUCAUAAAAAACAAGGUUCUUUUUUACGAUAAACAUCUUCAUUGUUUGUUAUCCAUGACCAAGGGUUUAGGAGGAGACAUAACAUUUAAGUCAACAGUAUAUUAUUGCAGGCACUAAUUUCACUGAGUUAACCACUUAAUUAACUAAUGUUUUUUGCCUGUGUUGAAUCUGAAUGCAAUUAAUUACAGAUUGUGGUUUUGUCUAAAAGUACAGCCUGCUUUUAAUGUGUUUUCAUCUCUUCCAGUUAUGAUAGUAAACACUGUAGUCCAGUGGCAGUUCUAGACAAAUUGUA